AUGAGUUCUGAUAAUAAAGUAAUAAACAAUUUACAAAAUGAGAGAUAUGACAACAUUGCGUUGUUCGUUGCUUUUUUGUGUGGACUCAUCCUUGGGUUAGUAAUAAAUUACUAUAAAAGUAUGAAGAAAAAAGUGAUAAAAAUAAAGGAGGUUUGUGAGACGUUCGAUUUAAAAUACAAAACUGACUGUAAGAUGGUUUUUUGUGUAAGAACGGAUAUCAAAAUGACAAAGGGAAAAAUAUGCUCACAAUGUUGUCACGCUUGCCUAUCCGUAUAUGAAAAAAUUUUAAAAAGAAAUAACAAAAUUAAAGAUGAAUUACAACAAAAAAAUAGUUUAACCUAUUUUGAUGUGUGGAAAAAAACUGGACAAAAAAAAAUUGUUCUUAAAAUAUCAAGCUUAGAAGAAAUGUUUGAAAUAGAAAGCAAAGCUCAAAAGGAGAAUCUUAUAACGUCCAUAAUUGUUGAUGCGGGGCGCACACAAAUUGAACCUAAUACAGAAACAGUCAUUGCUAUCGAACCAGUACCUGAUGAAAUUGUGAAUAAAAUAACUGGAGAUUUAAAACUUUUAUAA